AUGGCAUCUGAUCCAAACUCCGGUGACCCAAUCACCGACUACAGCCAAACGCAGCGCAUAGUGCUCCUCGUAGACCUAAACCCACUGCUCGAUCUCCAAGACCCAACUCCAUUUCUGACCUCUCUCCUCUCCUCCAUUAAAACCCUUCUCUCCUUCCCUCCACUCUCCUCUUCUCUCUUUGCCUUCAGACUCUUCUUUUCAUCUCUCUCUCCACUGCUCUCCUCCUCCAAACUCCCCACUUCUCUCUCCCUCUCUUUUCAUCUCCCUACCCACACUUUAGUUUUCCUCUCCCAAGCCCUCAAUUCCCUCCCCGCAUUUCACCAAGACCCAUCAUUGCCUAAUUCCUCUACGCCCUGGGCUUCGUGCCUCGCCGCCUCCUUGCGCCAGCUCGUGCAUGACUAUGCCUGGGACCCCGUGAUCUGUGAUUCAGCCACGGAAUUCCUGAAUGUGGGAGUGGAUGAUGAGUCUUUGGAAAAUGUGAAUGUGUUUUGCAAGAGAUUUCGCGGUUUAUUUGAGAAUGUAAAUAAUGCAUUUGUCAGUCGAGAUAUUCAAUGUGGUUGGGUUGAUGUCAGGUACAAAUUAGAAUGUGGUCAGGAUAAGGUUGGGGAUGAUGAGGAUAGGAUGCGAUUUGGGUUUCUCAAGAGUGGGAUUAGGAGUUUGGGAUGGGGAUUUUGUUCGACCGAUUCAAUUGUUCUUGGUUCUGCUCUUGUUCCUUUUGGAUUGAUUUAUCCAGAGAUUGGGAUUUCACCGAAGUUUUUUGGUUGUAAUGAUUGUCAUAAGAAAGUCUACACGCAUUUGAGUCUCGAGAUAUUAGAUGUUAUCGGGAAGCCUUUGGAAUGCAAGUUUUGUGAUCUUAAAUUGGUUGAUUUGAAGAUGUUUCCUAGAAAUACAGCAGACGAUGUUUUCUUUUCCCUGGAAAUCAUGAAUUCACAACCAAGAGGUGAUGAACUGAAGAAAAUGUUCUGGGAAAAUUUUGGCAGUGGUGUGACAAAAUUCCAGGUUAAGGCUUUGCAAAAGUACAAUGAGUUUUUGAAAUUCAAGGGGCACUUAUCUGAUCCUCUUCUUGUAAGUGAAGUUUCGGAAAUACCUGGUAAAGAUGGAAAAGAAAGUUCUGUCAAUCUUUUUGCAGAUAAGGUUCUUGAGAUGCUACAAAUGGACUUGGGUGAGAUUGCGCAGAGAAAAUCGGCACCGAUUUGGGAGAUUCUCUUGAGUUUCUUAUAUAGGUAUGGUCAGGGGGCAUUAGUGUCUCUUUCAAAUGACAGUGGUGUAUCAUAUACAGGAAUCCUUAAGCCAUUCACGGUUUCUUCGGCUCUGCUGUUUAUUGUGGAUGAAGGAUUUCACCCUCAGGAAAAAGUGUAUGAUAAUGGUGGAGGAAAUGUGGACCAAUUAAGUCCAAAGAUGAACAAUAAGAUUUGCAAACCGAAUGCUGAUUUGAAUCAAACUGAGCCUUCACCAUCUAAUAAGCAUUCUGCAGGCAAGGAUGGAAGGAAGCGGAAUAACAAAAGGAAAUCAAAUUUGCUACAAGACCUCACAUGGAGUGCCUUCUGUAAGGCAGCAUUUGAACACACAGAGCUAGGUUUGGAAGAGGUUUACUUUUUCAGGGAAUGUAAUAACUCAAAAAAGAUGAGAUUUCUGAAAUGCUGGAUGAAACAGAUGAAAAAGUCUAGCCUCAUAAUGGAGAAAGAAUCCCAGACAUUCCAGCCCAAUAAAAAAGAGAUGGACAAUAGGUUGGAUAACUUGCACCAAGAAAGUGAACAGCCAGUUCCUUCAUCUGCUUCAGUUGGAGAAAAUUCUUUAACUGUGGCUUCUGGAAUACAGGAUGAAGCUGCUCUGGAAUUUAGAUCAGAAACCUUGGAAGACUUUUUCAGUAAUCUAUCCAAUAAGAUCCAACAAGGACUUGAAUAUGAAGCAGUGGACUUGGGGACUUUGGCAUAUCGGCUUGUGAAUUCAUCCAUAUUUUGGUUAAAGCAAAAGCGUGACAAAGAACCCCUUUCAGAGAGUCAAACUCCUCUUGUAAAAUCUGGUGAUACUGAUGAUUUGGUUGCUGCUGAGGUGUUAAAACUUUUACUGAGAGAUCCCAAGGAUAUCAAUGCAAGGCACAAAAGCAGUGGUCUAUCUUUUAAAGCAUCUGGUUCAGAAUCUGAAGGACUUACUUCAGAAAAAAUGGUUCGAGAAUAUGAAUUGCAGAUAUUUUUCCGGAUGGAGAUACUACAGUCAGAGGUUGGUGCAAGUAUUGCAGAGUCUAUGAAACAGAAGUUUGUAAAACAUAUUUGCUCAUUUUUGGAGAAAAUUCGGUGUCAUCUGGAUGGAGGCUUCUUUGGUAACUGGAGCAUAGAUGAUUACGUUGAAAAUAUCAUAAAAAGCAGGUACUGUGAGACACUUGAAGAUGUGGUUCACAGAAUCUAUACAAAAAUGGAUUUGUUGCUGUUUGCUGAUGAGGAACCCCCCAAUAAUUUACUCAACAGUGAGGAUAGCAAUCAAUCCUACAGAGAAAAACCAGAGAGAGAUGAAGUGGAUGAAAAUAAUGGAAUCAAGGAAUCAGUAUCAGCAGAAGAUGAGCCCCUUCGUCCGCUGAAAAUUGAUAAUGCAAGACCCAGUGCCCUAGAGAUUAAACAAAAGGAGCAUGCUCACAAGUUAAUUGAAGCCCAAGAGAGGAGAGAGAGAGCUCGGAGAUUUGCUUCUUUUACGAGAGGGGUGCCUGAUUUGCAGAGAAUUUGGGCCCCAAAACAGCCGAAGGCAUCGAAACCAAAGUCAAAUCCUCAUCGAAAGCGGUUUAAAAGGAAGGACCAUAGAGGUUCCUGUGAUGACAGAGUAUGUGAAACCCCAAUGUCAGGAAACAAACGUUCAUGCCAACGGGGCAGCUGCUUUGAUGAUAAAGACUAUGGUAAUGAGUCAUGCGGUGGUUCUGUUUCUAAAGCAUUGUUUCAGGAUGACCAGUGA